CUUUACGAUGGCUGAGUUCAAUAAUUUCAACACAGAUUUCUUCCAAUCAAGUUAUAGCAUUGACGACCAAGGGCAAGCGUGUGAUUACAGUGCUGCAGGAGAUCCGUACCAGAACAAGCAAUAUGACAGUAACACGCAGCCAGCUGGGUAUUUUCACCCAGCAGGACCACAACAAGCGUACACAGGACAGAUCUACCAGCCAACGCCAACCUUCACGCCAAGCUCUUCACAGUCAGUGUACAGUAACAGCUUUGAAGAUGAAGCACCAUUAUUGGAAGAACUGGGUAUUAACUUUGAUCACAUCUGGCAGAAGACACUAACUGUCCUCCAUCCGCUCAAAGUGGCAGACGGGUCCAUUAUGAAUGAGACUGAUUUGGCUGGACCCAUGGUGUUCUGUUUGGCAUUUGGAGCUACAUUAUUACUGGUUGGAAAGAUCCAGUUUGGUUAUGUGUAUGGUAUCAGUGCUAUUGGGUGUCUUGGUAUGUACUGCCUUUUGAACCUGAUGAGUAUGACUGGUGUCUCCUUUGGAUGUGUGGCCAGCGUCCUCGGAUACUGCCUUCUUCCCAUGAUUAUCCUGUCAAGUUUUGCAGUGAUUUUCUCCUUGCAAGGUAUGCUGGGCAUAAUCAUUGCUGCCGUCGUUAUUGGCUGGUGCAGUUUGUCAGCUUCUAAAAUCUUUAUCUCAGCCUUGGCAAUGGAGGGGCAGCAGUUACUGGUCGCAUAUCCUUGUGCCUUAUUGUAUGGAGUUUUUGCUCUUAUUUCGGUUUUCUAAAGGUGUGUGAGAAUGGAAUGUGUCUCCACGUUCCGAACUCGGAACAGAAACGGAUGCAGGUCCCUGGCGUUACGAUUGGAUUAAAGACUGGCUUCCUGCCACCAAUAAUAAUUGUGACUUCUGAUUCCCACCAUUUCGGGGAGUAACUGAAACAACACGUUCUUAAAUUUCUGCUUUUAUUGCCGCAUUAGGAAGCCCAUUGCAGAGGUGGAAAAUGUAAUGAGUACAGGUUGGAAAUCAACAUUCCAUCAUUUAUGAUGGGUUUGCACAUUGGCAUUAUAUUGAAAGGCUUUGCCUCUCUGCCUUGUACUGCAUCUCCACCAUCAUGCAGGAAGGAAUUGUUCAAGUAUGAUGUUUCUGUGAGCUGGGUGUAGGGACCACCAGAUAGUAUUUCUUCAAGAAAAGUGUAAAUAGACCAUUAUGCAUUUAUCUGCAGAAAGAGUUCAGUGCAAUGUUAAGAAAACAAAAAUCCAUAUUUAAUUCAAAUUCAAAAAUCUGUAAUGUCUCUUGCAAUCUCUGGACCAAAAUGCUUUUUUCAUUCAGGAGUCAAUUUAAUACUGGGGUGGAAUGAGUUUCAAAAUGUGUUGCACAGCUCUAAUGUGUCAGUUCAAGAGACGAUCCCACUCCAACAUAGCAAUUUCAUGUCUUGCUAUGCAGCGUUAAUUGUUUAGUUUGCAAAAUCGUUAUAAUUCGACAAAUGUUUACUUGGCCCAAGGGAAAGGUAAUAAUCUAAUUCCAGCUCUAUUAUAAAUUUCUUUUUUUUUUAGUUUGCCUGUUUUUUCCUAUUCAUAUUCCUUUCCUCACCAUGACAUUUGUAAUAAAUUGGUUAAUCUCUGGUUCAA